AUGGCGCCCGUCGUCAUGCCCACCAGCAACGUUCAAGAAGGCCUUGAAUUUCCUGCCCACUUUCUGGGUGCUGGGAGUGACGUCAAGGUUGGCAUCCGGUUUGACCCCGCCCACUUGCCUGAUCUGGGCACGCAGACAAACGGCCCCUCGACCACACAGACCCCUGCAAACUCACGGCCCUCCACUACGAGCACCCGGCACUCCCCCAAUGGGGAUGCCAACAAGGACAAGGCGGAGGACCCAUCCGCUGCCAAGGCCAUUCUUGUCAUCUGGGAAGGAGACGCUGAAGUCGGCACCGUCACUCUUCAAGGCCUGGCACCAGACUUUCGACCCGAGCUUCCCAGCUCUGUGGAAUUACCCCCAGUGGCCAUCGAGCGUCGAUGCUCGUGUGACAUGAGCAUUCGAAAUCCAACCAGCCAAAAGUUGACCUGGCGCGUCCUCACACCCGAUCCUUUCAAGGCACAGCCCGAAUUUGGCGAGCUCGCACCCGGUGAAGCCGCAAACGUUACCGUCACUUGUGCGCCGACACUGGCCCGUCGAUAUCAGGGUGACUUGGUGGUCAAGUAUGACGCCGUCAAGGCGCGCGGCGUGUUGCCCGUGCCCAUUUCUUGUCUUGGUGUCCUGCCUCUCGUCACGCUCGAAUCUGCCGACGACCUGACCAACCCUGUGGACCAUCUCGUUGAACUUGACUUUGGCGAAAUCCCACUGGGGGUCACUUCGACCAAAGAGGUCGUUCUUCGCAAUCAUGCGCCCGUGGAGGUGACUUACGACAUUGAACACCACUUUCUCAAUCAGAGCUGCCUGCACGUGGCCGGCAAUACCGGUCGCAUCCCCGCACGCGGUACUUUGGCUUUACGCCUGACCUUUGCGCCGCGACCCAACGUCACCGCCUGCCACGAAGAGUUUGCCAUUCGCAUUUGCGGCGGUGCACUCUUCAAGGUGGUCUGUCACGCCCACCGCCCCUCGUGCGCCCUGGUGGUCGAUCAAGAUGACCUCGACUUUGGCGUUUGCGUCCCCGGGGAAUCGCGCACGCACAGCCUCAGCGUCUUCAACAAUGGCACGCUUCCACUGACCUGUCUUCUCACUGAACCAGAUGCUGGCCCCUUUCGUGCAACCCCUAGCAAGCUGGAAAUUGCACCCCUCGCCAAGGCAGAAAUCAUCGUGACAUUCGCCCCCACAUCGCCCGCGCCCUACUUUCAUCAGCUGCGCGUGGCCGCCUCGCAGGGGCCACCUGUCCUCGUGACCUGCCACGGUGCUGGUGCACCCGAGGCGCUCAAUGCCGAUGGUACCUUGCAGAAGGUUGCCAUGCACCGUGCCCGUGACAUUGGUCACCACAGCCCUCUCGCCCUGCAGGCUGCCAUGCGUGAGGGCCACUUGUCCUUGGAUGCCAGAACUGGCCAAUGGCGACGCUUGUCCGAUGAUACCCGCGCUGGCCAAGCCGGUGCAACCCUUCUGCCCAACAACGCUGCUUCCGCUGCCGCAACACGCGCGAGCGCCGUGGCCUCCCCGCUAGUGGGAGGACCCCCCACCAAACCAGGGGGACAUCUCAGUUACCGCUCAUUGGUUCAGCCCCUCUCCGUUCUGCCAGCCGUGGUCAACUUUGGGGCCGUGCCCUACGGAUCCAAGAAGCAGGUCGCCGAUAUUGCACCCCGCCCGGUUCGCCUGAUCAAUACCACCCCCCACCGCAUUCGCUGCGCUUGGCAUGCCUUGCCACCCGUGGGCCCCGGACAGCCGUUUGCACUCGAACAGCCUGAGAGUCUGGUGGUGGAAGGACAUGCAGAGGUUGAGCUGUUUGUCUCCUGCCGACCGCAUGAGGGUGACCAAGUUUAUCACACCUCCAUUGUGGCCACGGCGUGCUACGAAGAGGCCUUUGACAUGCGCCAAGUCACGGCUGAAGCUGAUGGAGGCAAGGAAGGGACCAAAGAGCUGUGGACCCCGCCUUGGGAGCUUGAGUUGCUGCUCAUGGCAACGACCCUUGCCCCUGGCACCCCAGAGCCGGUUGCAGCCGACACCGAGGAGGAGGUUGAGGACGAUGAAGACGACGCUGAAGACCAAGAGGCUCAAGAUGUGUCCCCCUUUGACUGCGAGCGUCUCGAAUUUCCGCUGAGUCAUGUCUCCGAGCGAAGCUGGGUGUCCGUGCCCGUGCGCAACCCUCAUGAUCUUUUGACCUUUGAGAUCACAUUUGAUUAUGAUGUCAGUGCCAGUGCGCCCACGCUCGACCUCGAAGUUCUGCCAGCCAAUCUGUCCUUGCCGCCCGGGGCCGAAGCGAUGUUGUGCAUCGGCGUGCGCCAAGCCACCGCAGGUCACUGGCAGCUUGACCUUCCCUUUAAAGUUACGGCACAUUUGUUCAUGGAGGGGGGCAAUGGUGGAGCCGCGGUGACCGGUGUUUCUCACGAACACGGUGGCAACGAUACUCGACUGCGUGCUUUGAGUCUCAGCGGCAGUUCACACGAGCCGUUGCUCAUCACCAAUGUCUCAACAGUCGUCCUUCCACCUACCAUGCCAGAGUGCCGCGCCAGCAGUCGUCUAACGCUGCGCAAUCUGUCGAGCGUCCCAUCCCGGGCCACGGUCACAGUUCCUACGCUGCCCAGCGGGUCUCUUGUUGCAGAGCCUACAGAAUUGCUACUUGAGGCCAAUGAAGCUGCUGAGGUCGUCAUCACAUAUCUGGGUGCUGAGCUCGGUCCCGUCACAGCCGAUCUGGAGGUGACAUACAACGCUGCGGUAGCCACGCGCGGGCCUCAAGCGCGGGACAUGCAGCUCCGGGUUCCGCUUCGUGCAUCUGUUGUUGAGCCUCGCCUCGAGAUGGAAGGUUUGCAGCUCGAGCACGAUUUUGGAAAACUUGCCUUGCACUUGCCCCACUUAGCACCAUUGGUGCUGCGGAAUCGGACACCCGCAACCGUGACAGCACGCAUCGAGCACACGGGUGGCUCGGCAGUUCAACCCCUUGCAGAAAUACUGACGUUGGCGCCUCAUGGUGUGGCCCAUUGCAACGUGCGUAUCCACCCCACGCAUGAGGGGGCAGAUCACUUCGCUCUCACUGCACACGUUCUCGACGACGAUGGCGAUGAAGUGCGAAUUUGCCACCUCCUCAACGCUCGAUACCAGGGCGUUCGGCCCAAGCUGGCCAUUACCGACGUUGCCGCAAAUCAGUGCAGCUUGACUCGUCUAUGGCGGCUUUUUGACGUGCCGGCUGUCAAUGCUGCGCUCAAUCCAGCUCCCAAUCGUGUCCUACCGCGUUAUGACAACUUUUGCUUGGACCUGGGCGCUGCACCGCAUUUGGCGUCGGAGUCUAUCGUUCAACUACGAUUGACCAACACGUCUUCUUGCGCAUGUUCCUGGUUUGUGGCCCUUCCCGACGACCUAGAAUGGCAACCUGAGCUCUGGGCUGCACGAGACGACAUCUCGGAGGAGGAGGCUCGCCGUGCGCAAAUCCUACAGCUUGGCCUGUUUGCCGUCGCGCCAAAGCGCGGAACUCUGGCUCCCGCCAGCAGCGUUGUCCUUACGGUGCGCUACCAGCAUGAUCAAGUUGGAGAGCACAAUCUGCCACUCCUGCUUCACAACGACCAGAGCGACUCGGAUGUCGUCAUGGAGCUCAAAGCUCAAACACUACCGAGUGGUCAGGGUCUACUGGCGAUGGAUAACACGGACCAUGUUUUUGAACCAGUGCCUUUGGGCCAGCACCAGGCCCCGUUGCAACACUCGACUUUGUACAAUCCUUCGGCUGCUGAUGUUGAAUUUUGGCUUGAUCUAAGCGAACUUGAUCAACUAAGGACACAGAACCACGGAUUUGAUGUAUUCGAGUGCGGCCGCCCAUCGGGUGUCGUCAGGGCUGGGGCAAGUUUUGCCAUUCCCUGGCGCCUACGACCAUUGCAGUCUCGGGCCUACAAGGUGUCCGUCCCAGUUCAUUGUCUAGCUGGUGGCGUGGAGCAUGUUGUACCGAUGACUUUGACCUUGAGUGGCGUGGAUCCUCGUGGUGGUGUUCUGGGGGGCGACCCGGGCGUGCCUCCGGCACAUUCGGUACGGGAGAGCAUUGCGACGAUGGCAUCUGACUUGGGCGCUUUUCACCGACCCUCAAAUGAUGAUACAGCAGGUGACCUGGCACCUCAAGGGAAAGCGGGCAUGAAUGUUGGGAUCAACGACGACGCCAGCACCGCUGGGGUCUAUGAGGACGAGGAGGCGGACGAGGAUGAUGAUGAUGAUGAUGAUGAUGAUGAUGAUGAUGAUGAUGACGUUUAUGCCGGGCACAAGAUUUUGGCGACUGCACCAAAAACAACAAGUCUUGUCCUGCCCGAAGCCAUGUUGCAGUUGAGCUUGGCACAUUGGCGCUUGCCCGACGUGCCCGUGUACGCGGUGAUGCGCGAGAUUGUGUUUGUCAAUAAUGUGCACCCCACGGACGUGAUGUCUUUUGAGUGGGACUUUGGCGCCUUUGCUCACCUGAUGGAGGCCGAGCCGCGAACAGGCGAGGUCAUGCCGGGUGAAAGCGUACCUUGCAAGUUGACGUUGACUGCACGCGAUGGUGCUCGCUACUAUACGUUUGAUGUGCAAUGCCAUGCUUACAACUACACGCACGAGCAGCGGGUCGAGAGCAUUGCUCAGCACAACGACAUGGAGCGUACUCUGCGAGGGGAGCUGUUCGACUACACCGACACACUGCGCACGGGCAAAGGCCAUGCUGGAGCAUUGCGAACCACGCAGCGCGGCACGAGAAUCGUGUCGGGUGGCGGCAAUCGACGCGCCUCGAAGCCGCGGGUUGAUAUUCCAGCGGAGACGUUUCGAGGAACCAUCGUCAAGCCCCGACCAGGAUCUGGCAAGAUAUCGGGGUUGCGCGAGAGCCGGCCCGUAUCCGGCACCGUCAAGUUGCAACCUGUGACCGGCACGCGCGUGUUCAACCUGACUGAUACUGACUUGCGAACGGGGCGCUAUCAUGCGCUACCACCCAUUGCAGUGGGUCCGGAUGAUGCGGACUUGGAGCCAGUGCCGCCACACGCGGAGGCGCAUACCAGCUUCCUUACCGUCUCAGUGCGAGUCUACAAUAGCCGUGACUUGCCCAUGCAUGUGUUGCAGCGUAGUUAUGUGGAUCGCAGCAUGUUUUCGCCGCUGACCAAUAUGGAGUUUACCGAGUCUGUUCGGGACGAUCAAGAGGUGGCUGCUGUUGGCACGCUAUUGGACAAUUUGCUGCGUGAGGUGCUGGCCGCUCCUGACACGCAGCACGCGAUAGCUACACUGGGUUCAGAGCCGGCGCCGUACUACUAUGGCCUUCGACUUGGUCUGCAUGCCACCCAGUUGAGCGAGGGUCAGCAAGCCCACGCUACGGCGCAGCGGCAGCCGCGGGCACUUGGGUUAACAGAGUACAUUUUGGACGAAACGUUGAGUAACAUUGUUUUCGAGUUAGCGGAAGACGAUGCGCUGGCUGAGGGUGCUGUGGCUGUUACUUGUGCGUGA